GUACACCCGGCGCCAGCCAAAGAAUCCCACCCCACGUAGCGCUCCACAUGCGUUGCGUUAGAUAGACGGACCUGUCGUCCAAGAGAGCGAACCAGACACUGCCGCGCCGAGUAGACUCACUGUGCGCCUCCCCGUCCGAUGGAUCCGGUGCUGCGGGGAGCGGCGAGCCUCGGUGGCGGCCAUGGCCAAGGUGGCGCGGGAGGAGGAGGAGGGGGAGGAGGAGGCGAGGCGCACUACAGGGGCGUGAGGAAGCGGCCGUGGGGGCGGUACGCGGCGGAGAUCCGCGACCCGUGGAAGAAGACGCGGGUGUGGCUGGGCACCUUCGACACCCCCGUGGAGGCCGCCCUCGCCUACGACCGCGCCGCGCGAACCCUCCGCGGCGCCAAGGCCAAGAUCAACUUCCCCGGCCACCACCACCACCGCCCGCCUCUGCAGCAGCAGCCUGUUCCGUUCGGCGGCGUCGACCUCAACUUCCCUUCGCCGUGGCACUUCGUCUACUUCUCGCCUCCUGCGGCCGCGCCGGCGCCCCGUCUCCCGCAGGAAGCGUCUCCGGCGGUCCCCGUCCCGCCGUCGACGGCGCUCGAGCUCGGCAUGGCGCCCGGGCCUGCCGGCCUCCCGUUCGACCUCAACGAGCCGCCGUCGCUGCUGUUCGGGUCGUGAUGCGAUCGCGUAGCUGCGAUCGGCCGUAGUGGACUUCUGUGACGGCGAGAGAGAGACGUGCUGACGGCCGCAAGGGGCCGGAGCCGACGGCACUGGUCCGGCUAGCUGUAUAUACCUAUUUGUGGAAAGCUUGGCCUUUCUACUUGGUCAUUGCCCGUCUGUUUCGUU